AUGGAUGCUUUAGUACCGUCUUCGGCAGCAGAAGGAAGUCCGCCCUCAGCCGAACGGAUUUUAAAAUCCGAUUUAUACGUACUUCAUUUUUCAAAGGAGACAAUUAUCAAUCCAUUGGAUCUUAGUCGAGAUUAUGUCCAGCGUAUGCUAAGAACUGGUAGUGAUAAAUAUUUGUUUGAUCAUGCUAAUACAAUUUUGUUACAAGAAGCAAAAAGUACAAUCGUGUUGGAAUAUAAUGGUCGUUGGUUACAAGCCGAAAUAGCGUCACGUGGUGGUUUAUUAAGUUGGCGAUGUGCAGUUGUCAAUUGGCUGAUUGGAAUUCAACGCAAGAAUCAAAUGAAAGAUGAAGUUGCUCAACAUGCCAUUCGUUUAAUGGAUUCAAAAGAUACUCUACGUGGAUAUUACGAUCGAGACUAUCAGUUAAGAGCAUUGGCCUAUUUUAUAUUAUCCGCUAAAUUUCACAAUCGUAUUCAUGUCAGACUCGAAGAAUAUGCACGUUAUACGGCAAAUGCAUUUGGUACAAAACAAGAUAUUGCUCCCACUAUUCGUAAUGUAUUUCGGGAUUUAAAUUUUUCGCUACAAAUCGCUAUACCAUACGAGUUAAUGGAAAUCUAUUUAGAAUUGAAUAGUAAUCAAUACACAGUCAAUUUACCAGAAAUUCGCAAUUUGGGAAAUUUAUUUCUUCAUAUUGCAUGUGUUCAAGCAUGGUCGAGUUGUUUUAAUGCAUCAUUAUUAGCCACAGCAGCAAUGUAUUUGUGUUUAAAAUUUGUUAAAGAUGAAAAUAUUAUUCAAAUACCAGAUUUCAUUUCAUUUCUAUGGACAACAUCCUAUCCAUUUGAAUUAAUUUGUGGAAUAGCUGGUUACAUAGCGAUGAUUGUUUGUGACAUACAGAAUGUACCAGUGGAUCGUGCAUCGCAUUAUUUUUAUGCUACAAAAUUAUAUUUGGAUGAUUGUCAUAUUAAUUAUUCACUAGAAUUAGUCAAAUCAUUUUGUAGACGAUUUGUCUUACUUGAAAACAUCAACAAAAUUAUUUCAAAUGGUAUGCGUGUUCUUGUUAAAAAUCAAAAACUAAUUAUUGAAGAACAAUAUGUUAAUCAUUUAAAUUCAACGCCAACAUUAUUUCCGGUGUCUACCAGAACAACAGCUGCCGCUGCACCCUAUACAACUACAGUUACAAAUCCACCAACACAAUUAAUUCAACAACAACAACAACAACAAUCAACAUUGCCUGUCAAAGUUAAACAAAAGCAAAUGGAUGUUGCAAUUAAAACAGUCUUAUGUGUAAAACGCUUUUUAAAGAAACUCCAUGAUAGACAAAAAAUGAAAGAAACGCACAGCAAAAUGAUGGAAAUGUCUGAUGAGAAUUAUAUUCACAAAUAA